GUUUUAAAUGCAGAGUUUCAGUUUUUACGGUAACAGACCAGCAGAAAAAAACUAAAUCUAAUCUCUAAGUAGGCUUCUAGCUUGUAUUACUUUAAGCCGAAUUUAUUUACAUACACUGACGGUUUUAAAUUGCUGUUGUGAGAUACCUGUAUGUUUACCAGCGAGCAGAAAAACUAAAACUUCUUGUUUUUGGAUGCAGUUUCGGUCGCCGCCAUGGCAGUGGGGAUGCUAUCACUAUUGCUAACUGCAACUAAAACAGCCGUAUUCUCACCAGUUUGUAGAUCGUAGCCGUGUAUUCUCCAUCUUUUAUAGCUGUCAUGGCUUCAAACGACCCGUUUUAAGACUAUUUGUACCACUUCAUGCGAUGUUUAUCCGAAAAAAAUGUUAAUGUUUUCAGUAACAGACAUCAGUACAGUUGACGGGGCACAUUGAGCUGUUACUUAGCAACAGAGCAAACCGGAAAUGGAGGAUUUGACGAACGGGCGGAUCGACCAAUGAUGUGGAAGGUAACGUAAUUCAACCUUUUCUGUGAAUGUUUAUGGAAUUAAAAAAAAAAAAAACUUUUCUUUCUUGUCUUUUCCUCUUACUCCUUUCUUAUCGUUUUUCGAGCUUUUUAAAUUAUUCCAAGUUGUCAAAAACUGCAAUCUUUAUACCACCCACUCACCACCACCACCACCACCACCAUCUCUCUUUCCUUUUCUUCUUUCUCCCAGACUUCACAAUAACAGCACAGUCUGGUAAAACUCACCAAUGAUCUCAUACUUCUAGGAUCCAAGUUUUGACUUCAUCCAAUUGUCGUAUGAUAGGAAACACACACUAAAUAGCCUACACACAUGUGCACAAUCAGUGGUCAAAGCAGAUGAAACCAACCAAGGUCCUGGAGCUUUGCCUCUACCCUAAACCACAAUGUGCUGACCACUGGGCCUCUGUAAUGAUGGGGAAAGAUGCAGUGUGCGUGUGUGUGUGUGUGUGUGAAUACGUGUGCUGCAAAGUGGGAGUAUGUGUGUCUGCUGUAUAUGCAUGUGGAUGCAUGCUUGUGUGCAGCUUGGCCGUGUUUUCUCUCUCUCCUUCUCUUGCAUGCCUCUUACUGGCUUGUGUUUGGACUGUUCAGAAGCUUUACAGUAAAGGAGCUGCAGAACUACAGGUAUACACUAUUUUCACACAGGUUUGUGCAGAGAGCAUGAUUUUAUUUUUUGUCUUUGGAGUAAAAGUUUGUUUUCAACCAUUUUUUUGUCUGUUUUGAAGUUGCUUUACUUUAAACAGAAAGUAAAAUAACUGCAACAGCGGCUGUUAAAUGGCUUAGGUAAUACUUUGCUUUGUUACUACUAUAAAGGGUAUUUUUAUAUUCAUGCAGCUUAAAUGCAUGAGCAAUAAAAAUUUAAUGUCUUACAUGAAACGAAAUAACUUUUUUAUCAAUGCUGAGCAUGAAUCUGAAUAAGGCAGUUAACUUUAAAUAUUGACUCACUGGGAAAACUUCUCCUUUGGUGGUCAAACUGAGUGAAGCUGCAUAUGAUGAUUUUCAACAUUGUGUAAAAAGCCACAGGUCCAUCAGAGGAAACAAGCAGAGGAGGAGAGGGCAUGUGCAGACUUAGUGUGGUUGUUUUUGUGUAUGGGUAUGCAUGCCUGGAGGGACAGGAGGUGUUUGCAUGUGUGAUUUGUUUCUUUGACUGUUUCGGGACAGAUUUUUCAAGAAACGCAAACUUUUUAAACCACAAAAACAAUGAAACUCUGAUUAUCAGUAUUGUUCUAUAAUUAAAAACUCAGGUGACAAAGUACAAAACCUGUGUAGACGAGGUUGAGAUCUUUCUUUUAAUGCUCUCGUACUAAUUUUUGUCAGAAAAGCAUCAUGUAAACCUUUAAAAAUAUACUAGACAGAUGAAAUUACACUUUUUACAACCACUAUAUUAUGACUUAGCUAGAGAUGUUUGUCUGGACAAGGACAAAUGUGAAGUUUCAUAUCUUCAUGCCUGUCUCAAGUUGGAUGGCAAAUAUUGUAAAUAGUAAAAAAAAACGUAUUUGUUUCAAAACCUUAAACAUGGGCUUGAGAAAUGGUCAUGAGUGCUAAGGUGGAGAAAACAUGAAGUAAUAUUACACAUAAAUGAUAUAAAUUCCUGCAAAGAUGAUCAGGUUGCACAAUUUGGAGUUUUUCUUAAAAUUUCAGAUGUUGAGUUGGCCUUAAAACUAAAAACAUCUUGUGCAGUCUUAACUUUGAGUUUUAAGCUUUAUCAUUUUUACAGUUUAUGUAUUUGUCUGUACUUUUAGAGUUCCCUCCUUGUAAAGAUGCACAGAGGAGGGGCAUAAUGUUUUGUUUGACAGUCUUUGAAGAGUUUAGAUGGUCAUUUUUGAAUGUCAGCAUUUUUUCUUUCUUCUUAGACUUCUCUGCCCACAUCAGAGCCGACCUGUGCUAACUAGCAGGUCCAUCUAUAAACAUGUGAAAUUUAUCUAAACACACAUGUCAGAGAUGACACAUUGUGUAGUCUACUGCAGCUCCUGUGUAUUAUUACAGGUGUGUCUGUGUGUAUCCCUGGUACAAAUAUGAAGUUGCUAAGGUAGUUUGAGAGGAGGGCUGCAGAGACAUGCCAGGUCUCACUUUUCCAAGUCUCUCUGUUAGCUGGCUCAGUGUUUCCGCUCUCUGACUGCUGCUUGGACUCAUUCCUUGAUGUGAGCCAACUCCAGGAGCCCAGAGUUUAGCCUCAGGGCCUCUUCUCCUGUUCCACCCUCUGACACGCCUGGAAGACUUAAAAGUUUUACUCUGAGAAGUUAAAUUUCUUUUUUCUCUGCUUUAUUAGGAGUGAUGGCCACAGUGGUAGCAGAGCUGUUCAAGGUUUAACACCUAGCUGUGGAGCCAUUUAAUCCCUGCAGCAUGCAGAUGGAGGGCUGUGCAGAACAAUUGGAACUUGGAUAAUAUGCAGUGUGCCACACAGGCCUCCUCUGUGUUUGAAGAUAGAAGUAAAAGAGGAUCUUAAUUAUCUAAUCAAUAAAAUUCAUGUUAUUGAUCUAAAAGAAUGUGCCAACAGUUGCUAAAAUGCUCUAUUUAAAUUGUCAUUAGAUGCACUGUUAGCUUCAAGACAGACAAACACAGCAGACUUAACUGAUCCUGCAAAUGAACAAGUCUGCAGAUCUUUGAAAACUCACCAAAAGUUUCAUGGUAGGCUGUUUGUGUUAACCUCGGCUGUGUCCAAAAUGAGUAACUCAAUCCCCAACCCCUAACCCCUAUAUGAGGUUUCACUAUAUAGCUGACUAUGUAGUAAGUUCAAUCACCGGAGGCGUCUCCAAUGGUAACAUUGGAGAUGCAAUGAAUGAUGGGAUGCCCACCACCAGUGAGUGACCAUCGGAUGGUCACUACAUUUUGCAAUGCUCUAUGGAAAAUUUCGAGUCACCUAUAUUGGGCAUUGGAAUUGAUCACUCAGGCUUUGGACACCCCUCAAAAUGGCGCUAACCCCCAUAUAGUCGCCUAUAUAGGGGGUUAGGGAUCCAUUUCGGACACAGCCUUAAACAGCCAAAUUUGUCCUCCCAACUUCACCUUGAACUUUUUUCUGCCUGCCUCCUUGUAAAAGUUCCAAAUGAAGUUGGGGUGAACAGCAGGGAAAUACUGGAAAAAAUGGGUUGAUGACCUCUGCAAACACAGCCACAUCUGGGAUGCCUCAAAACCACCAUUAAUUUUAAUAAUAAGAAAAACUUUAUCAAUCCUCGAAGGGAUAUUCAGUGCUCUGUUGUUUCAAAUAAUAUGUUUAAUGUCAUGUCCUGCCUGUGGACAUCCCUUCUCAGUCUAAACAAGUAACUUUGGAAAUUUUGGGGGGUCAGAGCUGAAAAUGUGAUGACAUUUUCAGAGGUGUGUUUGUGAAAGAUACUUAGGUAUUUCUGCAAUUCUUUUGAAAAAUAUUCUUCUUUACUUUGUUCGUCUAGGUGCUGGACCGAUCAUGGCCUCCAAACUGAGCGUGCUGCUGCUGUUGCUGGCUGUUGCCACGGUAAACGUGCUGGCCCAGAGGCGCCGCCCGACAUCAACAUCGACUUCAACGUCAACAAACACGGAUGAGUGGAACUACAGGGAUGGCUGUGAGCACCCAGAUUACUCUCUGUUUUCUCUGGGUCAAAGGUCAAGUUCAGGGCUCAUCAUGGUGAUGUCAAAGCUAGAGGUGAAAAUCAUGCCGAAUCCUUGCUGUUGAAUUUAUACCUUUUAAAACAGUAAACAAAGCAAGUGCCUGCAAACUUCGGUAAACUUGUGCGUGAAUAGGCGCGCAAAGUUGUAGAGUCCCUGUUUCUAGUUUUUAGACAUGGUCACCCUCAUAAAUUAGCCUUUUUAGAGCUUCUUCAAAGUGUGCUCUUUUCAAUCAAACAAAAAAAACGAGGAGCAGUUUUGCAAACUCAAUUACUACUCAACAAGAAGGAUCUCAGCAUCGCAUAAAACUGCUAGUGGCAGAAAAUGCUUCAAAAUCCAGGGAUAUUUUGCCCAAUAUCUUCAAAUAUGAUCCAGGUAUGACAAAAUCUAUUCCGGAUAUUGUCCAACCUACAUUAGUAUCAAAUGAGAGAAAUUCUCUUCAGUGUUUGUCCUGAUUCAAAGAUUAUCACUAAUUAUCUGUGUGUAUAUGAUCUGAGCCAGGUUCUUGCAAGAAUUGAUUCUUGGAGUUUUGAUGCAGUGUUUUUCCACAUUUGUGUUUAUGCACCGUUUAAAAGCAAUGCGUGAUAUGACAUUUGACCUUUGAGCCCUGGAAGUUUGGACAGGUGCAGAGUGGACUCAAACUUGUCUCUAUUUGUGUUUGUAAAAACCUAAUCACAUAUUCCACAUCUCUUCAAUCAGAAUACUUGACCAGAAUUGCAGGGGGGUCUCCCUUAAACUUUGGCCACAAUUCUACCGUCAUAGACAUUUUGGACUUAGGAUCCUUACCUUGCAUAUGGCAUGUAUAUGGAGCUUUUUAGACUACUUUUGUCCGCAAUAAUCCUUUAAUGUUCUUUCUGUUUUCAGCUGAGAAGGUGAACAUGCGUAAUGUCGCCAACCUGACUCAGGUUUUGGACAACUGGAGGUUUGACAUCCUGAACCAGAUGAGAGGACUCCUGCAGAACGACCACCAGUCUCUGCUGCCUGACUACGCCAGGUAUGGAGGAAGAGAUUGAGCAAGAAAGACCCAAAACCUGUGAUAUGAAAACAGCAGCUGGUCAAAUACUCUCAACAGAUCCAUUAAGGAGCCUGUCUUGAGUGUUUAAUCCUGUAAUUUAAUCUUUAUAAGCAGAUGUGCUUUUCUCAGUAGUCACUGAGUUGUACAGUAGUUUGGUUUCCUCUUCAUCCUCAGUCUGUGAAGAACCAGCCAAAUUUGACCCUGUCUGCCAAGCUGCAGCUCACGGUCAUAAUUUUGGUUUCGUGUUGUUUCUCUCACAGUUCCAGCUGCUGAGGGUUCACAAAAGCCUUCAGCCUGACUCAUGAGGUUUCCAACAAGAGCUAAUACAAACGCUAACAGUUAUUAAUGUAAGAAGAGUUGCAGCUAGUGUUGAAGGACGUUUUGAAUCCAAAGCAAACAAAUCAUUUACACAAGAGCUGCAGUGUUUUCAGUGUAUUCAUCUGAUCAGAAAUCUGAUCAGGGACACCAGACAAACCAAGGCCUUUCUGGUCCUCUGCAGAUCCUGGGAGGGUUUCUGAUUAACUGUUUUAUAUACAGGGGCAAGUUGUGAAAAAUAUAUUCCUACAGCUGUUCUGUGUUCGAAUCCUGUGCAGGCAGCUGUGCAGCAUCCUCCAAGUUCAAAUGUGACCUCAAGAGGCCUCACCGAUGCUGUCAGGAGAGAAAACAGAUAAAACUGGAGAGCAGAAGUGACUCUACAGUUUUUCCCACUCUCUUCAGUCUUCAAAAGAUUUAUCUUUAUUUUGAUUAAUUUAUCAUAAGAGACAUUGAUGCACAUUAAUAAACAUGGGUAUGUAAAUGUGCCAGAUUGUAGCCAAAGGCAAAUUUCCAUCUGUAUUCCCUGGUAGGUUUGUGGUUAACAUUUAAAUGUACGUAAAGAAUGCACCUGAAAUAAAAUUAAGAAUACAUAAAACCAGGUAGCAUGAACUUUACAUUACUUUAGAAAGACCUACAGCACUUAUAAGAGUGCAGAAGGUGAGUACAACUAUGCUCCAAACAAAUAGGAAAUAGGGUUAAAGUUAUGUUGUGUUCACGCCAAACACAAAAAAAUUCUGUACAGAAUUUACUUUAUUCACCUUUUUCCUGGGGUUGAAAAAUCUGACCUUGGGCAGAUCACUUUAGUUGCGUUCACCAUUGUAAAGAUGAUGGUGUAAAUUGAAGUGCUAGUCUGAUUGCACAAUUUUAUGACACAAUCUAUGGUUUACAUAAUGUAGAAAUAUUUACAAGUCUGGUGCAUCAAAACAUUAAAACUUUAAAAUACAGGCAUCUCAAGAAAUUCCAUCUGAGAACAUCUUGCACUUAUAAGUUUGCAGAUCUGAAGGUUAAUUCACUACCAUAAGAACACAGAAAGAGGGAAAAGGGAGCAAAUGUGAAAAGUGAGAAGAAGAAUAAACUCUGAAUCUAGAUGUAUGAGGUCAUAUAAAAAGAAAAUAAGACAGAGUAUAUUCCUUAAGCCCUGCUGCUCCAGGACUGAUUUUGUUAUAAUGACGUCUUCUCCUCUAACCUGCGGUGAGGAGCAGGAAACCCCAGAAUUCCUUGUGGAAAACUCCAUCACGUGUCCUUUCUAUUUUGACUCCUAAAUUGUAGUUUCAGAGGCAGUUUCUUUUGACGACUUUGGUCUCUGAGAGUACUCAACAAAGCUGGACUUUAUUUCCAGUUGAAGGAAAAUCCAAAUUCCUGUGGGGACUCUCGCCACCCAGACAGUUUUAUUUCUCUUAUGUGGAGGACUCUGCCUGUUUAAAACACCAAGGACGACUAAACCAAACUCUCAUUACAGUCAGCUGACCACUCUCAUUUUAAACAAACAGGAGGAUCACAAUAAACUCUUCCUGAGAACAGACAACCACAGUCUCUACCUCACAUUUAUUCAGCAUCCCUUCCACAACCAUGUGACUUUAAAGCAUCACAAAAACCUCUGAGUUAAGAUUGAAAUAAAAUAACCUGAAACAGCCACAUUUGAAGGCAACCUUCUUGAGUUUUUGUGGGUCAAAGAUUUAAUAGACUUUGAUUCUUUCAUUUGAGUUAACAACACAAGAAUAACUGAUCACAAAUAUUUUUGCUUUAUCUAUGACAUUAGACUAUAUAACUUAUUUUGUUAGAUCUCAAACACUUUUCUAAACCAAGCUCAUCGCGAAGUGACACAUGCUUAUAAUCUGUUUCAAACUCUCUACCUCUAUUGUUGGUUUUAAGGUCCAUCUAUUCUCUGUUACUAAACAUCGGUAAUGUUGUGAAGAGUCAGGGAAAGUCCAAUAAGAGAGCAAUUUUCGGUAUGCGUGUUUGUGACUGCUAAUUUUAAUUUUCCUCCUCUCCCCUUGAUCCCCUCUCUGGUCAGCAGCAUAAAGAGCUUUAGGAUUCUGCUAAGGACUUAGGACCAGGGAGAAUUCAUUAAGAACUUCUGGAUCUAGGUUUUGUCUCUUUUCUUACCCCCAGGUGCAAUAGUUGUAAUUGAAGGCCGGCCUUAGUCAUGGGGAUACAUUUUAACAAGAGGCACUAUCUACUGAUGUGAAUAAAUUUUGGCAUUGGAAGGCCAAGCAUAAAUUGACUGCUCUGUUUCUUUUCAGGAUCCAGCCACUCUCUGAGGCUUUAGACGAUCUCUACAAGGAGUUCAACGCCCUCAAAGCUCACCUUGGCGACCUGACCGAGAAGUUUGCUGCCAUAGAAACCUUCAUCGACGAGGUCAAGGCCAACAACGCCAACACUAGCCCCGCUAAUCCUGCUCCGGCUGCUGUCCCAAGACAGGCCGGAAGGAGGGUUGUGAGGAAGAAGGCCACUCCCGCCUCCUAAUCAGCCAAUGACCUAUUACAAUUAAGCUAAAAUUUGCCUUUUUCUAUCUCUGUCCUGAUUGUAUUUCAACGUAUAAGAUUGAAGCUAAUCCCUCUUUAGUUAGACUAAAGUUGUGUUAUUGUCUUGUUCUUUGUAACAACAUUUUUUAUGUAAAAAACUCAAAAUCUGAAAUAAAGGUACACACCAAAAUUAGGAAAACACAGUAAAAUAAUGAUCUGAAACACAUGACACAAGGAAGUAUCCAGGGAAAAGUACUGCAUGCUUGAAAUCUUUGCAUUAACAUACUAUUUACGAGUAAUUAUACUUGCAGGAAAAACAUGAAAACUUCUUUCUUUUAGCACAGUUAAGAUAAAACUGAAGUUGACUUCAGACAGUUAAGUUUAAGUUGUGAGUUUGUUACACUCUAUGCUGAUAAUGGACUGAAAUUAUAUUCUGUUUUCCGAGUUACAAUGACUUAAGUGGUUAAAUCCAGAAUACCAAUCAGAUCUUGCAAAAGUUCAGAGAUGUAAUCUGACAGAAUUUCUUAUUCUUGUGUGUUCAAUCAUUCUGGCAAGCUGAGCUGGCUGAACUUAUUCUGUUGGUUUUUAUGCUUUUUGGUUUGGGUUUACUGCUGCAUUAUAUGAGUUCCUAAUAAACUCACUUAUUGCAUCAAUA